AUGGGUCGUCCUUGGUUUUUAAGAGUUUUCAUAGUUUCUUGCCUUCUGGCUCUCUGUUUCUCUCAUGGAUUUGGGAGAAACCUGAUGGGGCCUAUUGAUCUUGAAGAUUUUUCAGUUCUAGUGUCAAAGGAAACGCAUGGAAAACCCAGGAAAAUGAUCACAGUGAUGGAUUAUGCAGAUCCAGAGCCAAAUGUUAACCCCAGAACAGGGUAUAUCUUUACCCCUCCUCCGCAGCCCAACUAA